ACACACAUCGUUUCCAUAACAUUCUUCAGUUAUGUUUCCAAAGAUGUAUGGCCGGACAAAUAUUAUCCGCCUUACUGCAGUGGAGCUAUGUAUAUAAUGGGUAGAGAAGCUAGACGACUCAUUCUUGAUUAUGCUCGUUUGUUAUCUACGCCGAUAAUGUUCGAGGACAUACUCUACACUGGUAUUAUUGCUAAAAAGGCAGGGAUUCGAAGAGUUCACUGGAAAGCGAGCGUAAGCUUGGAUUUCAGGACUCUUCCAUUUGAGAUCGCUAUGUUUGGAUGCGGAAACUUUUAA